GGUCUGCCCUCGUCUACUUCUGUCCCAACUCCAGUCUGUUCUUUUUUUUUUUUUUCCUCCAAGAUGGAGGCUUUAGGAGGUUAUCCUACCAAAUCCUCCAGCCUCAGAGCUAAAAGGUUGCGGGUUCUUCUGAGCAUGACGGUCGGUGUGGGGUGUUUGUUCCUCCUGCAGACCCAGCUGGUGAAACCCAGAAAACGGGACGAUUUUUAUUCCUUUGAGGUGAAAGACGCGAAGGGGAGGACGGUUUCCCUGGAGAAGUACCGAGGAAAAGCGUCUUUGGUUGUAAACGUGGCGAGCCGCUGCGAGCACACGGAGUCGAACUACAGAUCUCUGCAGGAGCUCCACCGGGAGCUGGGCACGUCUCACUUCAACGUCCUGGCCUUCCCCUGCGGACAGUUCGGGGACACGGAGCACGGCUUCAGCAGGGACAUCGAGGCGUUCGCCAAGUCCACACACGGCGUCACCUUCCCUUUCUUCAGCAAGAUCAAAAUCCUGGGCUCGGAGGCAGAACCUGCCUUCAGGUUCCUCACAG